AUGACUUUAAUCCUAUCUCUCUUUACUGUGGUGACCUUUCCUAACGGUGGCUGCACGGGUGCAUCUGGAGAUAAUGGCACAUGUAUGACGGCACGAGAGUGCUCUUCAAGAGGUGGCUCCGCUAAUGGUUAUUGCGCUAACGGCUUUGGUCUUUGCUGUGUUUUCAUGACGUCAUGUGGUAGUACAACUUCGGAAAAUGGCACGUACUUUAUAAACUCAGGAUAUCCUUCGUGGUAUGACGGUACGGGUUCCUGUGAGCUAACCGUCAUCAAAUCUCAUCCCGAUGUUUGUCAAAUAAGGUUGGAUUUUGACAGAUUUACCAUUUCGGGUCCUGAAAGAAUGAACAAUGUUUGUAACCAAGAUCAGUUCAUUGUAUCAGGUGGAAACCCUAUUCCUGCAAUCUGCGGAUUUAACCAAGGAAAUCACAUGUAUAUCGACGCAGGUAUUGGAACUACAAAUCCAGUCAAACUAACUUUUGUAACAAGUGGUAAUUCGUUUGAAAGAAUAUGGAAAGUAAAAGUCACGCAAAUUCCAUGUAGCACUAUUUACAAAGCGGAUGUGGGUUGCUUACAAUAUUUUACCGGGGUUUCUGGACAAAUCCGUUCCUUUAAUUAUGACCCGGCAUCGGGACUGCAACUCAGUAACCAAGAUUAUGGUAUUUGUAUUAGAAUGGAAAGAAAUUUUUGUGGAAUACAGUACACGGCUUGUCUAGAUUCAGCUAACAAUCGGUCUCGAGCGUUCACUCUUGGUGGGAACAGUAACAAUCCGGUAAAUUCAAUGAUUGGCUCGGGUGCUGGUCCCAACAAUUGUGCCAAUGAUUGGUUGUUAAUUCCUUGUGCUUCCAAUGUUGGUCGUGUCGCACCCGCACAAGCCUUGUGCACAGACAGAAUAUGUGGAGGAACAUUUUCAGCUGACCUAUCAAUGCAGUCUUCAUCAGUUCUAAGUACAGUGAAACCCUUCCGUCUCUGGUUUCACACAGACAAUGUGGAAGCUCCAGUAGAUAUAGACAAUAGAGGAUUCUGCCUAAAUUAUGUUCAACAACCCUGCACUAAUAAUCUUCCUGGCAGUAAACUCGCUCCUUUCGACAGGGACGGACGUCUACCAAGCGCAACCCUGGCUCGUUAUUCCGACUCCACCACAAUGGUAAUCGCCGAGUCGACUACCAACGAUGAUACCGAUUCUGAAUCCAAGACAUGUGGGAAAAUUUUGGUGGUGUUAUCCUGGAUUUUGGUAAUAGUGACCAUGCCGUUUUCACUGUUUAUAUGCUUCAAGGUUGUGCAAGAAUACGAGAGAGCAGUCAUCUUUCGCUUGGGAAGAUUACUUUCAGGUGGAGCCAAGGGUCCUGGCAUAUUCUUCAUCCUUCCGUGCAUAGAUUCGUAUGCACGUGUUGAUCUCCGUACUCGAACAUAUGACGUACCACCCCAAGAAGUUCUCACCAAGGACUCUGUGACGGUCUCUGUCGACGCCGUUGUUUACUAUCGGGUACACAACGCCACCAUAUCUAUUGCCAAUGUCGAAAACGCCCACCAUUCUACUAGGCUUCUAGCUCAAACCACCCUCCGUAACACAAUGGGUACAAGACCGCUUCAUGAAAUUCUCAGUGAACGUGAGACUAUCUCGGGGAAUAUGCAAAUUUCCUUAGACGAAGCAACCGAAGCCUGGGGAAUUAAAGUCGAGCGAGUUGAAAUCAAGGAUGUCCGUCUCCCGGUACAACUACAGCGUGCUAUGGCUGCUGAGGCAGAGGCAGCACGAGAGGCUCGUGCUAAGGUAAUUGCUGCAGAGGGUGAACAGAAGGCUUCACGAGCGCUUCGAGAAGCAUCUGAAGUCAUAGGUGACAGCCCAGCUGCUCUCCAAUUACGUUACUUGCAGACCUUAAACACCAUAUCUGCAGAGAAGAAUUCAACUAUCGUUUUCCCUCUGCCCAUCGACCUAUUAACUUAUUUCAUAAAAGCGAAAGAAGAAUACUAA